AUGGGAGCGGGACAAUCAAAAUUUCCUAAACGAUAUCAUUCAUUUAGAAGAAAAAAACAAUCAAGCAAUGAAAACAUUACAGUUCAAAAUUCAUUGAAACAAGAACCGGUAUCAUCAAUUCCAAAGUUUCCAAGUGUGAAUGAACAUAUAGAUUAUUUACAUCAACAUCAUUUCCUCGUUAAAUCAAUUUGGUCCACAAAUUUUUCUUCUCCAAUUGAAGAUACUUUAAAUGAUGGGGCUAAAGUUUUAGAUGUAAGAUGUGGAGCCGGAACAUUUCUCUUAGAAUUAUCAAAUGAAUAUUCACUUUCAGAAUUUACUGGAAUUGAAAAGACAAAAUUAUUUCCCUCAUUAAUUAAACCUAGUAAUUUAAAUUUUAUCCAUGCUAAUAUAUUGGAAGGUUUACCUUUUCAACAAAAUCAUUUUGAUUUUGUUUAUUUAAACAUAGUUGAACCACGUCAUACUAAAGAUCAAUGGGCUUUUAUUAUGAGUGAAUUAAUAAGGGUAACGAAACCAGGUGGUUAUAUAGAAAUUCAGGGGUUUGAUUCUUUUGCAGGAACAAUUGGUCCAAAAUUUUUAAAAUUCAUACAAAGAUUCGCCAUGUUAUUUUCAGCUAAUGGUGUAGGAAUGGGUUCACGUCAUCACAUAAAAUCAAUUUUAUCAACCAAUUCUUAUUUUUAUUCUGACCAAAAAGAAAUUUAUAUUGGUAAAAAUGGUGGUGAAUCAGGAGUAUUAUUAGAAGAUCAUACUACAAUGUUUUUCGUGGACAUAAUUGGUGAAGCGAUAGCUGAAUUAAAUAAUAUUACUAUGGAUGAAUUAAAACGAGAUUGGAAGGAAGUACAAAAAGAAUUUGAAGAAGUAAAAACUAGUUUAGAAAUUUUUAGAAUGUGGGUCAUGAAAUCAUAAAUAUAAAAAAAAAAUAUUAUAUUAUAUGUACAGUAAAAUAUAAUAGAUACUGUAUAGCAAAAAAAACCGGU